AUGUUGUCGUUGGAGCAAUUGUCGCAAAUGGUGAAGAAACACCUCGGCCUGUGCAACUACGACGACGAUAUACACUAUUUGUGUAAAUGGACUAUCAAGGAAUCACAGUUAGGUGGUCGUGGCCUUGUCGCCACUGAAGAUAUUAGUGCUGGAGAAGUGAUAUUCGUUGAUCAUCCUCUGAUUUAUGGCCCGCGUGCUAGUGCACGUAUAGAACGAGGAUGUUCCGUUUGUGGCAAAAUAAAUUGUGAUACUUUUUUCAAAUGUUUUAAAUGUGCCUUACCAUUGUGUUCAGAAAAUUGUCAGAAUACUGACAUACAUUAUAAAGACUGUAGUCUCAUUUCUCGCUGGCAUAACAAAACAUCCAUUGAUCAUAUCGACGAAUCGAUUGUGUCGCGGGCACUGACACCAAUAAGAUCGCUUUUAUUAAACGAAGAUGAUCGGAUAUUAAUGUCUUCACUUCAAGCUCACAAUUUUCCUCAACAUAGCGUUGAAAUUCAGCACUUAAAGGAAUUUUUCGAUGUACCAGAUGAUGAAGAGCAGCUCUUGGUGAUGGCCUGCUGUGCCCUCGAUACUAAUGCAUUUCAAAUUGCCACUGCGUAUGGUAGCAAGCAAACGAGUUGGCGCGGUCUAUAUCCUGUCUCGGGAUUGAUGAAUCAUUGUUGUAUAUCAAAUACGAGACACAACUUCAAUGCUGACCAUCAAAUGACAGUAACAGCUGUUAAGCCUAUCAGAGCAGGAACUGAAAUAGUGUCAUGUUAUACAGGACUUUUAUGGGGUACUCCAGCACGUCGUACGCAUCUUUAUAAAACAAAACAUUUUCUUUGUAAAUGUGUCCGUUGUGCAGAUCCCACUGAACGUGGCACGUUACUUGGUGCUCUUAAGUGCUUCUCGACAGAGUGUCCAGGCUAUUUACUACCCAUCGAACCAUUAAAUUCAUCGACUGCCUGGCGAUGUUUAGAGUGCGGUAUGCGAGUUCCUAUCAAAAAUAUUUGUGCUGUACAAGGUGCUUUAGGAAGUCUGAUGGGAACAUUAGAUUUUGAAAACGUAGAGCAACUAGAAUACUUUUUAACUCAACGUAUAAUAAAAUUCAUUCCGAAGACAAACCAAAUUGUGGUUGAUCUCCAGUGUCGACUUAUUUGGGCGUUUGGAGAAGUCGAAGGAUACCGCUGGCACGGUGAGUACUAA